GAGCGCGGGGGGCCUGUUACUUUCUCGGCUUUUACGUCCCCUGAUCGCCGGGCCUCCAUGGACCCCGUGGAGUGGGCCAGGCAGAGCCUAGGGGACCUGAUGGCUUCUCAGCCUGGAAGUUUUGCCGGGUGAGGGCGAGUGGGCCCAAGACUUAAGCAAUUGCAGAAAACGUGUGAACGAGGCCAUCACGGCAGAGAUUUGACGGACCGCCAGGUGCGGCCGGGGAGAACCAUGAACCUUGAGGCUGAUCUUCUGGGUCCUUUACGCUCUUCGCAGGACCAGUGUCGGAGGCCUCUCCUCGCUCCUGGAGGGGACUACGGAGGGCAGGAGCCGGGCCGCGCCCUCGGAAGCAGGGCCAGGCAGACGGCGGCCCGGCCAGGCCCCGCUCCGCCCCUUGGGGCUCUCCUCGGGGAAGUGUCUCGCCGGCCUCCAACGCAUUCCGGCUGCGGAGAGGGCAGCCGCCCUGCCUCCCGCUGCACGGAAUUCCAGCCCCGCAGCCCGAGUGGCGGCUCGCAGGGUGACUGGAGCAGGGGGCGCUGAUCUGGCCCCGCCCCGGCCCUCCCGAGGAAGGGGGAUCGUCCUGCCGGUGGGAGGGGUCGCAGCCCGCGCUCCCCCUCCCCAUCCGCCAGCCCGGGUUAAAUGCGGCCGCCGCCUUCGCUCCCUCCAGCUGCCUGGCAGUCCCCACCUCGGGCAGCGUGCCCGAGCUGUUACCUGUUCCAGCUGCCCGGGAGGCUCCGCCCGUCGGCUCCGCUCUGCGGCCGCACCUCCGAGUCGUCCAGCAGGUUCAGGCUGCGACAGCCCCAUUCCCUGCCCCGCAGCUGCCAUGAGGGGCCUCCCGUGCUCGCCGCUGCCCAUGUUGCUGCUCCUCCUCCGGCCCUGGGAAACCCACCUCCAGUUCGAAGGUCCCAGGUGCCGUACUGGGCCCCUGGAUUUGGUGUUUGUGAUUGACAGCUCACGCAGCGUGCGCCCCUUCGAAUUCGAGACCAUGCGGCAAUUUCUGGUGGGCAUCCUCCGCGGCCUGGACGUGGGGCCCAACGCUACGCGCGUCGGCGUGAUCCAGUAUUCAAGUCAAGUGCAGAGCGUCUUUCGACUUGGCGCCUUCUCGCGCCGCGAGGAUAUGGAGCGUGCCAUUCGCGCUUUGGUGCCGCUGGCGCAGGGCACCAUGACCGGGCUGGCGAUCCAGUACGCCAUGAACGUGGCCUUCAGCGUGGCCGAAGGCGCGCGUCCUCUAGAGGCGCGCGUGCCACGAGUCGCUGUCAUCGUGACCGACGGGAGGCCCCAGGAUCGCGUGGCAGAGGUGGCGGCGCAGGCGCGCGCCCGCGGCAUUGAGAUCUAUGCGGUGGGGGUGCAGCGCGCGGACGUGGGCUCCCUGCGCGCCAUGGCUUCCCACCCGCUGGACGAGCAUGUCUUCCUGGUUGAGUCCUUCGACCUCAUCCAGGAGUUUGGCCUGCAGUUCCAGGGCCGGCUGUGUGCAAAGGAUCUGUGUGCGGAGGGGGGACAUGGCUGCCAGCACCAGUGUGUCAGCUCCCCGGGCAUGUUCCACUGUGCCUGCAACCCCGGCUACCAGCUAGCAGCAGAUAACAAGAGCUGUCUGGUCAUUGACCACUGCCGCUUCGGGAACCACAGCUGCCAGCACGAGUGCGUUAGCACCCUGGGCGGGCCACGGUGCCGCUGCAGAGAGGGCCACGACUUGCUGCCGGAUGGGAGGCGCUGUCAGGCCCGGGACCUUUGCAACGGCGUGGACCAUGGAUGUGAGUUCCAGUGUGUGAGUGAGGGCCUCACCUACCACUGCCUGUGCCCUGAUGGGCGGCAGCUCCAGGCAGAUGGCAAGAGCUGCAGCCGGUGCCGGGAAGGCCACGUGGACCUGGUUCUGCUGGUUGAUGGAUCCAAGAGUGUGCGCCCACAGAACUUCGAGCUGGUGAAGCGCUUUGUGAACCAGAUCGUGGACUUCCUGGACGUGUCCCCCGAGGGCACGCGUGUGGGACUGGUGCAGUUCUCCAGCCGCGUGCGCACGGAGUUCCCGCUGGGCCGCUACGGCACGGCGGCCGAGGUGAAGCAGGCGGUCCUGGCUGUGGAGUACAUGGAGCGCGGUACCAUGACCGGGCUGGCGCUGCGCCACAUGGUGGAACACAGCUUCUCCGAGGCGCAGGGCGCGCGACCCCGCGUCCUCAACGUGCCUCGCGUGGGCCUGGUCUUCACCGAUGGCCGCUCCCAGGAUGACAUCUCAGUGUGGGCAGCGCGCGCUAAGGAGGAAGGCAUCGUCAUGUACGCCGUGGGCGUGGGCAAGGCCGUGGAGGAGGAGCUGCGCGAGAUCGCCUCGGAGCCCGCGGAGCUGCACGUGUCCUACUCUCCGGACUUCCGCACCAUGACGCACCUGCUGGAGAACCUCAAAGGCAGCAUCUGCCCGGAGGAGGGCAUCGGCGCGGGGACAGAGCUUCGGAGUCCCUGUGAAUGCGAAAGCCUCGUGGAGUUCCAGGGCCGCACGCUGGGGGCGCUGGAGAGUCUGACUCAAAACCUCGCCCAGCUGACAGCGCGACUGGAGGAUCUGGAGAACCAGCUGGCUACCCAUAUGUGAGGGCCACGGUGGCCGGGACCCGGGCAGGGGCUGCUCCGAGGACUGUGGGGGCCAUCGUGCGCCUCCGGGGCACGGGGGCGGCGUGCGCCUGAGCCCCUGGGGCUCGGGCUGUUGGAGACAAGGGGCUGGCAGGCUCCCAGCACUGCGCUCGGGCUGGCCUCUCCGGGACCGCAAGCCUAACUGUGGGGGACGGGGGCGCAUGCUAGAUCCGCACGCCCUUGUCACGUGCUGAUGCGCUCAGUUCUUUGUUGGAUUUCUUUUUUUGUUGUUGUUUUCUUUUUCUUAAAAAAAAAAAUCUGGUUUCCACGGG